AUGAAGCUUAAUAAUCUCUUUACACUGGCCGUGCUGGUCCAUAUCGCUGGGGCCCAACUGAUUGGACCGGUCGGCCCAACGACGAAGCUCGAGGAUAAAACAAUAGAGUGCAACAUUUUGGACUAUGGGGCUAUCGCCGAUAAUAGCUCUGAUAUCUCCACCGCAUUGGAGGCCGUAUUUUCCGACUGUGUCCAAAAGAACCCUGGAAGUCGAUUGGUGGUCCCCGAAGGCGAAUAUCUGAUCGAACGAGGAGUUGUGUUAAGCAAUGGCACAAACUGGGCAUUCCAACUAGAUGGGCUGAUCACUGCGGCGUAUGGCGGCAAUUGGACAAUCGAGCGUGAGUUGAUACUCGACGGAUUCGCAGGAGUGGACAUAAUCAAUUCUACCAUUAAUGGAGAGGGUGACGGAAAGUUCUUGCUAGAUGUUCUUGUUAUUGUCAAUGCCGUUGACUUUGAAUUCUAUUCCGCCAAUGGUCUUGGGGCCAUCCAAGGCCAAGGAUAUAUCUAUCGAAUCUUAAAUAAUACCGAUCGCCCUCGUUUGGUACGCCUGAUUUCACCAACAAAUGCAUCAGUCCACGACUUGAUCCUUGUGGAUAGCCCGAAGUUCCACAUUAUUCUCGAUUUCGCCGUGAACGUCGAGGCGUACCAUUUAACCAUACGUGGUGCGAACCUGGGAAGCUAUGAUGGUAUUGAUGCGAUCGGCACCAAUUAUUAUAUUCACGAUAACGAGGUUACAAACCGAGAUGAAUGCGUUUCGGUCAAGAGCCCUUCUCAUCACGCAUUAGUAGAAAACUUGGUCUGUAAUCAAGCAGGAUCCGGGAUAUCUAUUGGCAGCCUGAAUGUUUCUGCGGAAAUCUCAAAUAUUGUAGCCCGCAAUAUCAGUAUUAUCCAAGGCAAUAACAUCGCCUUUAUCAAAACUUACCCCGGAGGAUCUGGAUAUGUCACUAAUGUCACAUUUGAGAAUUUUCGAUCGCUGGCAAGCCUUUAUGGACUGGAUAUCAAUCAGUACUGGCAAAGCACCUACACACCUGACACUGGGUCUCGGCCUCCUUUGUAUCUAUUUGCCAACGACUUGACCUUCGCGACAAACGUGACAGUGGAAGACUUUACGAUUUGGACAGAGUCUGGAUCUUCUGUGGUCAAUAAGAUCAGCAACAUUUUCGGCAACGGCGACGAUAGCUACGGGGCCAACGAUGGAAUCAAGUCUUUGGCAUCGGGCGAGUCCCCUUACACAUAUACCAGUACUUACACCAUCACAGCAUCGCCAACUGGGUGGGAAGCACCCACAACGCCGACAUGGGCGGUACCUAGCACCGGCUAUGGAAGUAUGAUUUCCAGGAUUAACUUUGUUUCUCUCAUAGCCGCGUCGCCCAUUCCCGUCUACACACCAACACCUCUUUGGCGUCCCGGGGGUGUGGACUAUGAUUUGCAUUAUUGGGGAAGUUUUUGA